AUGCAAACUAGUGUGUGCAGCCAAGCAUAUGACCUCCCAGUGCGGGGCUGUGGCGAGUGUCUGUGAUACCAUUAGCAAUGCAAAAUCCUGGCUGGUGUUUGUUCACAAAAUCAACAUGAAUAUGUCUGGAUGUCUUUAUUUUUUGUAAGCCUCACCUGAAGGUAAGGGUGUUUUCCUUCCUGUUUUUGAUGUUUAGUUAACAUCAGGCUGAUUGUCACAUGAAGUACGAGGUAUUUGCAUGCGGACGCCCAAUCUGUAGGCAACGCUAUGGCGGCUGGCAGGAGCAUGUCACAUGACACACGGUGUAAGGUCUGCCAAAUACAGAGGAAGGCGAAGAUGCCCCCUUCAUCUCUGCAGUCAAUGCCAAGCCAGCGGGUCAAUAUCGUGCUCCUCACUGCCUCAUAUGCCUCUUACGCCUCCUGCUGAGCCUGACCCGGAACAAAAAAUGAACUGGGCCUCAUUUUAUACUCUCAUCAGCGGCGUUAACAGACACUCCACAGGAAUCGGUCGCAUCUGGCUCUCGGUGCUUUUCAUUUUCCGCAUCCUGGUCCUGGUGGUGGCAGCAGAGAGCGUUUGGGGAGAUGAGAAGUCGGGCUUCACCUGCAACACCCAGCAACCCGGCUGCAACAGCGUCUGCUAUGACCACUUCUUCCCCAUCUCCCACAUCCGCCUGUGGGCCCUCCAGCUCAUCCUGGUUUCCACCCCGGCCCUUCUGGUGGCCAUGCAUGUGGCCCAUCGGCGCCACGUGGACAAGAGUCUCUACAAGCUGUCAGGGAAGACCAACCCCAAAGACCUGGAGCAGAUCAAGACCCAAAGGAUGAAAAUCACAGGUGCCCUCUGGUGGACGUAUGUCAUUAGCCUGCUCUUCAGGGUCACAUUUGAGGUGACCUUCAUGUACAUCUUCUACAUGAUCUACCCUGGUUAUAAAAUGAUCCGACUGGUCAAAUGUGACUCGUACCCGUGCCCCAACACAGUGGACUGCUUUGUGUCCAGACCCACAGAGAAAACCGUCUUCACCGUGUUCAUGCUGGCUGUGUCGGGCGUUUGCAUCCUGCUCAACAUAGCAGAGGUGGUCUUCCUGGUGGGGAAGGCCUGCACCAAGCACCUGAACGAUGCUGGAGACUCAACUAUGGGCGUCUGGCUCCAACAUAAGCUCAUACUUGGGAAAUAACUCCAAUUCAUAGAGAUGAUAAAACCAUUUGUCUGCAGCUACGUAUUGAUAUACUGUAACCCAUCAUUUCCAAUGACGACACUACUGAAGCCAUUUCUUAUGUCCAUCAGAAACACACUGAUCUCAUGGUUGGUAUGUCCGUGUUGGCUCCAGAUAGCAUU